UUGUGCCCCUUCGCCAAUCCUUGACCUCCCCACCCUUCCCUUCAAUGGAGUUCGCCGCCGGCGAACCGUCCCCGCCGUCCGAUUCUGACCACCGCCGUCUCCGCCGCAUGAUCUCGAAUCGCGAAUCCGCUCGCCGCUCCCGAAUGCGAAAGCAACGUCAUCUCGAAGACCUUCGCAGUCGCGUCGGUCGCCUCCGUCUCGAAAAUCACGCUCUUUCAGACAAAAUCGCCACGUUAUCCGGCGUUUUCGUCGUCCUCCAUUGCAAUAACGAACUUCUCCGAUCGGAAUCCGCCGCACUCCGCCGUCGGCUUUCCGACAUCCGUCGUAUCCUAUUUCUCCGGCAACUACAGCACCUCUCAUCGCCGCUGCCGCCACCGGCUCCGGCCAUCUCGUCGUCGCCGGCCGCCACCACUGAGACGGAGGGAUGAUUGCCGGCAAAGAUGAAAUCAUGGAUUCUAUGCUUUGAUCGACAUUUCGGUAGGGAAAAAAAAGGU